ACCAAGGAAACCAGUCAACGCCGCGGUGAUGAAACAGGAAACUGAGGUUUACAUAAGCCGUAUCGUCGUUAUUUAGUGAUCGUCAUCUUCUCUCGCAUUUCGGCUUUGCCUCCCCGCACACUUUCGCCCCGGACCCAGCGCUCGAUAAUGGUCUUUGUGAAUGGCAAAAAGUUCGCCUGCGAAUCCUGCAUCAAGGGCCACCGCUCGUCCUCGUGCCAUCAUACCCAGCGCCCGCUCUUUGAGAUCAAGAAGAAAGGCCGCCCCGUGUCGCAGUGCGAGAAAUGUCGGGAACUGCGCCAGUCGCGCCGGGUGCAUUCGAAAUGCAACUGCCCGCAGGAGGAACAGCCCUCUCGCGGUCUGCUGCUGCCUUCGUCCUCAGCCAAAUCCCGGAGAUAUAUUCCCGUCGCUCCGGCACUCCCCAACGGAUUGCGGGAUGCUCUGCGGUCCGAACCCACUCCCGGACCUUCUAAUUCUCGGCAGCGAGUGGACUCAUUGCUGAACCCCUGCGGAUGCCGAAGCGGAUGCAAAUGCAAUUGCCGAGGCUCGGACUCGGGCGGCCUUGCUGCGUUAGCGCAUGCUGCGGUCAUGUGUUGCAGCAGUGGGAACACCGAAGCCACCUCUUCCCCCAAUCCGAUAGCCCCAUCGGACCUCCCUCCGACGAGACCCAAACGGCCACUCUCACGGCCCAACAGUCCCCAGCACGGCCUCCCACACAAGCGCAGUAAGCGGCCGGCGAGCACACGCAUUCCCGGCCCGGCCCUCCCGCCGCUGCUCUGCACCGAGGACGACGGCCCGACGCUGUUCGUGCCCGUCUUUGCGACGAUGCCGCCGAUGAGCACGAUCAAGUCGCUCGCUGGUUCCGGGUGCUGCUGCGGUGUCGAGUGCGCGUGCCCCGGAUGCGUGCAGCACCGCGGCUCGGAGCACGCCGACACUGCGCGCCCGGACUGUGCCGACGGAUGUGGCACGUGCGUCGACGCUCAGGCCCCGCGCGACAUCAUGAACAAGAGCCCGAGCCCGUUCUACAUCAGCUCGACGAUCAUCGACGACUUCCUCGCGCGGGCUGCGGCGCUGCCCGCGCCGCCGAGCAAGGCCAGCCGCAGCUGGGACCUGGACCCGCGGGAUGUGAGCACCGCCCCCGUGGGCCAGGUGCGCCUCCCGAAGCUGGAGUGUUGCAGUGGCAAAUGCGCGUGCGUGCCCGGCGCCUGCCGGUGCGUGCAGAGUUGCAAUGGGCGCUGUGCCGAGCAUCGCGCGAGGCAGACGCCACGGCAUCAAACGAUCGUGGCUCCUUCUCCCGCGAAGAGCUGCUGUACUGGCUGAUGAUACUUACCUGUGCUUGGCACAAUAUUUGUAUUGAGGUAAACUCGGGAUGUCUACAAUGUACACCAGAUUCAGCAGGCAAUUUAGUUGUCCGUGCGCGGCAGGUUUAAUGAGGAUCCAUUACAGUGUAUACAAAAUACAAACGAGAAGAUACAAGAAUUAGAUCUGACCGGCAUGAAGAUUCCCCGCCACGCUGCGAGGCGUCCGUGUAGAUUAGACUCUAAGAGCCACCAGUGAGUGAUAUACUCAAAAGCGAGUGAAUCGAAAGCAAGUGAAUCGGCUCACGUGUCAUCUAAUCCAGUAUCGCCGAGGGAUUGAGUGGGUGAACAGAAUCGAAGAAAGCUUGCGCACCGUGGUACUCGAACUGGGUCUGAAACCAGGUGAACAAGAUCCGAGGUCGAGGGGGGAGAACCGCGCACCUUCUUUGGGUUAUCUGGAGCAUGUCGGAUAUAGCGGGCGUUGUCCACAGGACUGCAGAGCAUGAGAUCAGAGGAGAGCAGUAGGAUGGACAGGAUGUGAUAUUCGCACAGCUCUUUCUUCUGUACGCACAGAUGUCAGAUCGACACAGGCCGUACACUGGAAGACUGACUUUGCAAGAAGCCAGCAUGCUCUGCAGGGUGAUACAAACCGCCACUACGCUGAGUACCGGGGACCUGCCCAACGGUCAGAUUAGAUGAUAGGGGUCGUGUGAUAACGAGGCUUCACCACUCGCUACCCAGGAUAGAGGCGCAGAUCUUGCACGCACUCGAUCAAAAAUCAAGAGUAGGUAGUUCACACAGUUCGCUUACAUGACCAUUAGAGUAUACAUGCUGCAGCCGAGGGCGUCAGUCCAUCGCCAGAGCGUAUCGACGAUCGCAGACGCACCGGGUGCACCGGGGCUGCUCGUCCCUCGGUGACGACGAAUUGGACUGCCGGGGCGGAGAUGGGGUAGCCCGAGUCAAAGCGAAAUUGGAGCGUAUACACCUCGGACUUUGGGUGCCAGGUUUGCAACGGCGAACCGAGAAGAGAGGAGAAGAGCCUGUGCGGCAAAGGCGUACCUGGUAAACCGAUUCUCCCAUGACUUCGAUCGUGAACCACCUGGCGGGAGGAGAACGGAUGCGAUUGAACGAUUCAUACAGAAUGAGCGUAAAUGUGUGAAGUUUACCACGUCGCGAAGUCAUCGGCCUUGAGGAGAUUGAUUCCUGGGUGGCUAAUUAGCACCCGGUCGGCUGCGAAGUCACGGACACAAAACGCACCAACAGGACAUCCGUCAGAUUUGAUCUCGUUAAGUUCUUUGGCAAGUCGUUUGGUAGCGAUGACAGACAUGAGAAGACGAGGAAAUUGUGGACGGAAAGCAAGAAAUGGAGACAAGAACGAGGACAGAGAUCACGAAGUCGCGUAACACGCGAUGUUUGGUGGCUGUGCGUGCCAAACACGGCCUCGCUAUAAAAUUGAGGCUGUGUGGGUAUAUUUUCCCAAAUGUCAUUGGCCUCUCCGCUUUAGAGUCACUUGUCAUCCCGCAAAUCCUAGGGACGCCAGGCGCUCGUGGAGAGGCAGAACGUAUCUGUCAUCCUACACCACACCCGGACAGUGAAUCCUCGCUUCUCGACGUGGUCUAGCUUGGCACAUUUUCCACUGCAUCCAGUGUACUCUUCAUCUUUUACUCGUACCGAUGUCUACAUAGCCAGCAAUAAAUUCUAUCAUUCGGCUUCCUGAACUCCUGCUUCUGCAGCUCGUCGUUCUCGGUCCUUGUUGAUGUCACCGAGAAUGCUCGCCGCACCGUGGUCGAUGAGGACUCUCGCCAGACGCUCCCCGAGAGCUUGUGCCUCCUCGAGGCUGUCGACAUUUUCCUUCAUGGUGUGCUGGACGUGUAAAGACCCAUCAAGGGCGGUCACACAGCCAGUCAACUCUAACUCUCCCUUCGCCAUGUCCAUCCGCGUGAAAACGCCCACAGGAACACUGCAGCCACCCUCGAGCACACGCAAACACCCUCGCUCGGCGUACGUGGCCCACUUCGUUUGCAGAUGCGUAAUUUUCUUGCACAGCGCUAGGGCCUCGGGAUCGUCGCUCCGGAUCUCGAUUGCGAGUGCGCCUUGGGAGACUGCGUGAUGCAGCGUCGGCGGCAGGAGAUCAGAAGUGAUGCGUGCGCCCUGGCCCAAACGGACCAUCCCCGCUUUCGCGAGAAUCAGUGCUGCGUAUGGACCGUCCUCGGCAUCGAGUUUGGCCAGUCGCGUGUUGCUGGAUGAGUUGCGUGAGGAAGAGAAUCUGUGGACGAUGUAGUAGCUUACAGAUUGCCCCGCUGCGAAGUUCCGAGUCUCGGUGAAUAUACAUCGCACGGGAUUAGAAGCCCGAACGCACCACAUCCAGGAAUUUCAGCUCGGGGAACUUGCGCUUGAGCUGUGCUACGCGCCGCACACUGCUCGUUCCGACCGCGCUUCCCGCAGGCAAGUCCUCCAACGUCUUCCAAUCCUUCCCGGCCUUGACGAUCAGACUGUCUACCGGAUCUUCGCGUUCCAGAACCGCACCGAUGGUGCAUCCCUCGGGUAAGGUCGUAGGCACAUCCUUGAAGGAGUGGAUGAGCAUAUCGACGUUCCCCUCCUUCAAUGCGACUUCGAGAUCCUUCGUCCAGAGUGCCUUCCCUCCGAGCAGGUACAACGCCUGGGACUGAUUCCUAUCGCCGGCGGUGGUCAUGAAGGACGUCGAGAACUGGGGCGCAUCUAUGCUAUCUUCCGGGAAGAGCCUCUGGAGCUCGGCAAGGACGAUAUUCGUCUGGAUCUUGGCUAGCUCGGAAGCGCGCGACGCGAGUACGAAUUUCCUUCCAGGCAUGGUGAGUAGGUGAAUGAGUAAGUAGACGGAAGAGCGACCGUUCCCGACUCGUGAUUCGAUUGUCAUCAAUCGCACUGCCACAGGUGCCAAUCUCCGCCCUCGGGAUGUACGACUUGGCGGGCUUGCCGGUCGUGUUCUUUGUCAGAAUAGGCAGUGUUAUUGACCAAGCAUGUCAAGUUCACGAGACUUGUGCACGUGGAUAUUGCACACCCGUCAUUAGCCUAUGUCGAGCUCAUCCGGUCCGACAGCGUAGAACAGCUUACCGGGUCCCGCAUCAACUUGCAGCGUGAGAGUGCCCGAGGAUGAGCAAUCCGGCAUGCACAGAUGGUAUAAUUCUUCUCCGGCCCUCUCACUUCCUCUGUCAAUAACGGGAGUUGGACGAUGUGGAAGAACUCGUCAUAAAGCUCGUUUGUUCGCUUCAUUCGAUGAAUUGAGCCUAGGAUAGACGGCAAGAUGGAAUGCAACGUACACUCCUUGGGGAACAGAAGUUGGUUAACCACAAUGUUGUGUGUGUCGAUUUCGUAAUUCGUCAAUUCUUGGACCAAACGCUCGGUUUCGUACAGAGAAAGGAACUCGGAAAUGCAGACGCAGACGAAUGUGGUCUUUUCCUGUUCCAAGCAAGAAUGAGAAUAGGUGCGGGGUGAAUAUGAUAGCACUUGCUGGGUCUUUGAAUUGUGUGUUGACCUCUGUAAUUACUUCACGCAUGGAUUCCAAUUUCGCAAACAUGUCCUCCUGGGAUCCGGCUUCCCCACCCAUCAUGCUUGACAUCUAGCCCCAGAUAAGAUAAGGCUGCGAAGUCUGAGUUAAUCUCAGCUUACCUGACUGAUCAUAGGUCCGAAUCGCGAGCCAAGAGAGCUCAGUUUGCCCAGAGCCUUCUCGAGAACCGUCGGGAACGAGAGGAAACGCAAGACUUGACAUGCCUGGACUCGAGAUGAGGAAGAAUCGCACCAGCCAGACAGCUUGCCUACUUCAUGAUCUCAGCAAAGCUCAUCGCUUCGUCGACACCAGGGAUCGCGAAUGCAAGAUCCUGCAUCAUGGACCCCAUCAUGCCGUUCGUGUCCGCUGCGCUCCAUGAGCGAGCGUCGGACGAAGAAGACGACAAGAAGACGCACAUUGCUCGACCAUUUCUUGUAUUGAGCUCGUGGGAUCGAUCUCCAUCGCGAACAGAUUAUCGAACCCGUUCACUUUCGUCGCGUCCUUGGAGAACUUCUGGCCAAAAGCAUCGGACAAGUUGUGUGCGGGGUCCGUAGACUAGAAGGUCAGUGGACGUGAGUGCCAAGGUCUGGUUCGCAUGGUAGGACGGCCGACAUACGAUGAGUAGCACGGACUUGCGGACUUUAGCCAGUUGAAUCGCAAGUGAACACGAUGUCGUGGUUUUGCCUGGGUUGAGUGGUAGGGAACGGUUUAUAUUCAGUGAGGCCGACUCCUGCAUCAAGGAUACACUUGCCUACACCACCCUUGCCACCUAGAGCGCGUACAAACGAGGGUGCGUAAGCCUUGUCCGUGGAAGUAACAGAGAAGCGGACGUGCCACAGAAGAUCCACUUGAGCGUGUCUUGGUCGAGCACGUUCUGCAGCGUCGGGGGCAACAGUUCCGCUUCCAUCGUAAUGUCUGAUUGGUGCGCGUCUUAAGUCGAGAUGCGGGCAGCGAGCAGCGGGCGCGGUACGUAUGUGAGAUCAAAAGUAGAAACGCGGCGUGUCACGUCAGAGCUUUCUGCUUUCCGCUAUCAUUCGCUCGAACCUGGUCGAUCGUCCCAGAACAUUCUGCGCGCAUGGCCAAUUCCGUCGUCGUGUUCAAAGCAUUGCAGCUGGCGAACGAGCAACGGAGCAGCUACGGCUUGCGAUACAAUGACUAUGCCCGCUACAGGAAACACUGUGCUAACAGGACGCAUCGGCUGCGUUCAACCCUCAAAAUGACACACGGACGAGGGAGGGAGUUUAAGAAAUUGCCUCCUCUGACGCCAGAGAUAGUCAAGGAUGGACAUCUUCAAUUGCUCCUUCUCGAAGCCGAAAGGGCUUGGGCGUAUUCACAAGAGCUGACGUCGUCCGCCCUUCACCCAUCCAAAGAAUCCCAAGCCAGCACUCUCCGUCACAGCGCCACUGGCCGCUUCAGACGCGCCGUGAAUUGGGCGACGCAAUUACUCUCCCUCUGCCAAUCGCUUUACAAAUCGGGCCGGUUUUCCGCCGAAAACCUGCUCCAAAUCUCCGCAUAUACCCUCAUCCUUAACGGGCGCUUUCUGCGUUAUCGAGAUGAAUUUGAUGACGCGCUGGUGCAGCUUAGUAUUGCCCGGGGGAUCUUGGACGAGCUGGCAGGUGCUGCUUCGACGAGCCGAGAGCAGGCGUUGGCUGUCUUGUUUGCUGAUGAGAUAGGCCCGGAGAUCCGGUACUGCGCGCACGAGCUUGGGCGGGCCAAGGCGUACGAUAUUGAUUCCAUCGUUGCAGAGAACUCGAGCAAGACGCGGAAUGAGAUGGUUGACGGGUAUGAUGCUCUUGUCAAAGCCCUUAAAACAGAUGGGGAACGCGCUGGUGCCAGUGGCAGCCGAAAGAAGCUGACGGAGCUUGUCUGGGAGGGCCAGCCUGUCCCUGUGCGCAACCCCGAGUUGGUUGAUGUGCUGCUUAAGGUCCAGGAGGCGGAGAUUAAGCUGGCGCCGGGUGAUUCAAAGAAGGCUGGAAAGAAAGGCGUUGCCUCAUACGAUGCCAUUUUGCUCGCCCUGAGUGACGCGGAGGAAGUCGCACGAAAGCUCUCUGAAACUCAACAGAUGAGUGGAUCGGGUACGACUGCUACCUCUGGUAGCACACGCGACAUCCAUUUAGUACAUGCGUAUAUCGUGUACCAGCUCCUCUCGAGGAGGAUCCAGCGGGAUCUCCUGCUUGUGACAGCAUUGGUCUCGUCGGAAUCUAGCAAGGGGAAGCCAGAACAAGUAGAUGGGCGAUUGUUCCCGGCCCUUGUCAAGUUGCUGGACACCGUGCUGCAGAGUUUGACUCAAAUGCGGACUCUUAGUAUCGUAGAUGAGAGUCCCGAUCUUGCAGCAGCCGUGGAGGCGCGGUUAUCGUAUACGAAAGCUCGCCGGAGUCUCUACCUCGGGCGUUCCUAUGCUCCGGUCAAGAAGUUCGCCGAAGCUCUGACAUUGAUCCAACACGCAAACAUCCACGUCCGGGAGACGACCACGAAUCUCUCACUUAUCAACGCCGACCCGAUCAAUGCGUCCAACCCGGGAUUCUACCCCCUCUCGCCUGGGAACGUGAGCGAAUUGGAGGGCACUUUGAGCAGCGAAGCUCUGCGCCUGAAGCGCGAGUGGUUUGCUUUCAACGGCGGGUCGCUUGAAGCUUCAUCCGCUGGACACAAGAAGCCGCUGUUCUUCGACAUCGCCGUGAACUACGUUGCAUUGGACAUGGCUGCGCUCAGACACCGCGCUGGUUUGGAGCCGCUCGAUGUCGAAACCGUCCCUGCACAGCCUGCGCGACAAGUCGCCAACGAGGAGACAGAGGCUGUUGCGCCAGAACCUGCCAAAUCGGCUGCUGCUGCCAAAGGUGGCUUGGGCAGUCUGCUUGGUGGAUGGUGGGGGAGGAGCUGAACGUUUUCGCGCAUCAAAUAAUGUACCUGUCUCUACUCGUAGAAAGUGGAGAAUUUGUGAUUUUUUCAUACUGCGCCUGGAGGAGAAUGCCUGAUCGUGAGUGCAUUGCUGUGUUUAUCCAAU